AUGGAUUCUGAUGAAACAAAGCGGCCAAGGACAGAAACUAACAAAGGGAAAGAGAAAGUUGGAGAUUCUUCACUACGAAAACUUUUAGUUGAAGACAUUGCUGUGGAGACAACGGAAGAAUCUCUUAGGGAGCACUUCAACCAGUUUGGAAAGGUGAUUGAUUCUGUAAUAAUUACGAAUGAAAACUCUGGAAGGCCAUGGAGAUAUGGUGUUGUUACAUACGCUGACUCGAAAGGUUUAUGCUUAAAGUGUAUAUUCUGUUUUGUGUAUAAGGUGCACGUGAAGAAAGAAGCACCUAAGGAGGACAUGCAUGUCAAAGGAGCACCAAAAACAGAGAAAAAAUUUAUUGGUGGUCUUCCACCAUUUGACGAUGAUUCGAAGAAAGAUUUUUCUUCUUUGGGCUUUGUGAUUUCUGACGAUGAAGAAGCAGUUGAAAAGGUUUCAGCGGACGGAUGUAUGCACGAACUUCAUGGCAAACAAGUUGAAAUUAAGAGGGCCGAGCCAAAGAGUGCUGGUGCUGAACUUGCAAGUGAAAACCAGCUACAUCAUGGUGGGAGUAUUUCAAAAUCGCAUCGUGGUGAUUCUGGUUCUGUAGAAGGUUUUGGUGGCGCAUAUGGUGGAAACAUGGGUGCAGGUCAUGGUGGAUAUGGAGGAUAUGAAGGAUAUGGCAAUUAUGGUGGGUAUCGCAAGGUUGCAGGAAGUUAUGGUGAUAUCACCCUAUAUAUGGUGGAUACGGUUAUGGAGGCAGCAGCUAUGGUGCACCUUAUGCCAGCAGUAACAGAUAUGGGAGCACCAUUGGGCAGCACGGUUGGCAAUCCUGCUGGUUAUGAUAAUGCAAACAGGUAUGGCAAUCGUGGCAGCAGUGAUGGCAAUUCUGCUGGUUAUGAUAAUGCAAACAGGUAUGGCAAUCGUGGCAGCAGUGAUGGCAAUUCUGCUGGUUAUGUUAAUGCAAACAGGUAUGGCAAUCGUGGUGGCAAUCCUGCUAGUUAUGAUAAUGCAAACAGGUAUGGCAAUCGUGGCAGAAGAGGAGGUGCCAAUGCAAACUGGAAUAAUGAUGGGAGUUUUCAUCCAUAUUAG